GAUAAAUCUAAGUUGUAGCAGGAGUUUAGCGCUAUAUCGUUAACUUUCUCAAUAUCGUUAGCUUUCUAGCCUUGACGAGCCAAAGUAGUAAAAAUUUGAUUUAUCAACCACCGCGAUUCAAUUUCAUUCAUAAUGAAGGAUACAGAAUAUGUUCUUAUAACAGGAUGCAGCGAAGGAGGAAUAGGAAAUGCAUUAGCAGUUGAAUUUCACAAGCAAGGUUUCAAAGUAAUUGCUGCUUCACGAAGGAUUGAGACAAUGGCCAAUCUUGCGGAGAUGGGGAUUCGUACCAUUGUACUGGAUGUUUCUGAUACAACAUCGGUUUCUGAAGCAGAAAAAGUUGUGCGAAGCGAAACGGGAGGGAAACUACACUAUCUCAUCAACAAUGCUGGAGUCUCUAUGAUAAAAGCAGCCGUUGAUCUCGAGAUUCCCAAAGUACAUAAGCUAAUGGAAGUCAAUUUGUAUGGACCCAUGCGAAUGAAUACUGCUUUUCAAGAACAGUUAAUCCGCGCCAAAGGAACCAUUGUGCACAUAAAUUCGGCACUUUCUUAUGGACCCAUGGUAUUUUCUUCUGCUUAUAGUGCUUCAAAGGCAGCCUUGUUGUCUUAUGCCAAUACUCUUCGCAUUGAACUAGCUCCCUUUGGAGUACAGGUAACGAGUGUCAUAACAGGGUUGAUCUCAACAAGUAUCUUUGAAAAAGACGGUGCAAGUUUAAAUGAAAGCACCUUCCCAGAGAACUCAAUUUAUUAUCCUUAUAAAGACCAACUGUUAUCUGCUGAUAAUCCGGCGGAUGCAGCUACCGUAUCACCCCAACAGUAUGCGGAGGAUGUAUAUCAAAAGUUAGUACGAAAAAGGCAUUGGUACCAGUUAUUUAGAAGAGGAGUUCUUCCUGCUCAGUUUUGGUCUGGCCAAUAUUCUCAGACUAUUCGUAUCUUAUCUUUCUUUCCGGUGGACAUAUUUACUCCCUUUGUGAGUUCUGCUGCAAAACUACCAUCUGAAGCUUCCACUGAAGUCGAUUAAGUUUUUAUAGAUGAUAUCAUGUAAAAGGGCAGCACAUAGCUCUUUCUCCUGACCAUGAAUUUAGAAUUUGUUUCUUUUGCCUGUCUUCCCCUAUAACAUGUUUUGUUUACGACUGGACUGUGUUAAAAUUACCA